CCCUCCUGCUUUGCAUUUUGUCUUUUUGUCCUGCUUCCUGGAGAUUUCCUUGACUGUGCUCUAAUCCUUCUAUUGAAUAUAUUGUUUUGUCUACCUUAUUUUCAAUUUAUAGAGUUCUCUUAUAUCCUGUCAUUCUUUUUUUCACUGGUGCAAUUUCAAGUUUUCAUUUGCUCCUGAGUUUUUAUCACUCCCAUCAAUUCCUUCUUCCUGUUUUGUUUUGUGUUUUUUUUAAAGCAUCCUUAUAUUUUAUUUUAUUUAUUUAUUUUUUGGCUGCAUUGGGUCUUGGUUUCUGCACGUGGGCUUUCUCUGGUUGCGGUGAGCUGGGCCUACUCUUUGUUGGGUGCGUGGGCUUCUCAUUGCAGUGGCUUCUCUUGUUGCGGAGCACAGGCUCUAGGGCGUGUGGGCUUCAGUAGUUGUGGCUCAUGGGCUCUAGAGCGCAGGCUCAGUAGUUGUGGCGCAUGGGCUCAGUUGCUCUGUGGUAUGUGGGAUCUUUCUGGGCCAGGGCUCGAACCCGUGUCCCCUGCAUUGGCAGGCGGAUUCUUAACCACUGCGCCACCAGGGAAGUCCCAUUCCUUCUUCCUGUUUUGAUCUCUUACUUGUUGGGGGCUUCCCUCAAACGUGUGAUGGUCCUUGGCUGUCUGUUAAGAUCUAAUUGGAAGCAUCACUUGGACAACUCGUUAACUGAUGGGCCUCACUGCAAGGAUUUGGGGACCACGCCUCUGAACCCUGAGCCUGCCUUGGGUUCUGUAAGACGAACUGGUUUUCUUGUUCCUGUCCUAGUCACUCUCCGUAUCUCCAGGGCAGCUUACUAAAAAGUAUAGCUCAUGCUCAACAAUAUUUCUAGAUGACAGCACAGUCAGCCAGCCUAAUCUUAGAACCACAGUAAAACGGUGAGUACAAGUAGGUUGCCAAGGGCUGAGUGACAGACCCCCUUAUCGCUAAAAGCAUCCUAGCCAUACAUAAUUUCAUUCAUUUGAAUUGUCCUUUUCAGUGAUCAGGUUAAAAAACUGGUGUCAACUAUAGAUUGAUUUCAAGGACCUAAAUAUGAAUUUUCAGUUUCCAUUUUAAUCUUAGAGCGCAUGCUAGAAGGGAAAGCCAGUUAGCAAAUAAGAAAUCGCAGAAAAAGUAUAAAUCUUUAUUUGACGCAUUUCUGUUGUUAAGCCAUUGUUGAACAUAAUGAGAAAGAGAGGUACUUUUUAUUGGCUAUUUCUAGAAAAAAUUAUUUCUUUAGGAGUUGUAGUCCUCAAACAAUGUAUACUACUUUGGAAGCUACUCUUAGAAGAAGGAACAGCUUGUCCCCUACUGGCACCAAAGCGAAUCUGCAUUUAAAUUUAAUUGGAUUUUGUCAGAUUUAUCCCACUGUGCUUUUUUUUUUUUUUUCCUGCACUAUUUCUGUAUGAAAUUUUCCUUCUCCUUCCUGUCCCCCAAAGAGGGGGAGAAUAUAUCAAACCAGUCUUAAGAAAUACACACUCAAGCUUAAUUUCUUUGUAGAUGAAAUUUGUUCAACUGAGGUUUUAACUUAAUAGACACAUUUAAUUUUUGUUUAUAUAUAUAAAUAUAUCUCCAACACACUGUAUCAAUCACAGCAGAGAACAAGAAAAGAGGUGAGGUUUCGGAAACAUGGCUGUGGUCAGGCUUAUACUUAAGGAGACACGAACAGUGUCAUGAUGAUGGAAACUAUUCUUUAAUUUCUGGGAGCACCUCAUAGUCCACAAUUGGAGAUGCACUUUCAAAACACCCUAAUGAUGAACCUUUCAAGCUUAUUUAAGAGAAAGAAACCAAACGGGAUGCAGAGCUUCUUGCCUCCUCCCUCGCGGUUGUCCACGAAACAUUAACAUCUCCUUAGGAUAUGAAUGUUGAUUUUCCAGAACACAGUUUGGGAAAUGCUAUUUGAAAAUAUGAAUGUCCCUAUCCUUAAUUUUAUUUGUUGUCUUAAUUUUAUAAGCUAAUUAUAUUUUUAAUUGGUUUUUAAUGUGCCAACUUUUUUUUUAGCUAUUUAAAUUAUCAGUAACUUCUACUUUAAUUAAAGACAGCAAGUUCACAGUCAUAAUAAUGUAACUUUCCUCUCUUGCUUACAAUAAUAGUUGCAGUCAAAUCAUGUUUCAGCAAAAACUGAGCCCCAUCUCUAAAGUCCUGAGUUUGGGCACUUACCACAUCAUCACUGAAUGUUUUUAUUCAGCCAAGACACUGAAUCUGUGGGUACAAAAACCACUCUACUUUGGCUAGAGUCGCAGCUUCUUUUGAAUUCAAAAGAGUCUGAUGUCCAGUAUAUAAUUCAAAAGUACUUUGAAGGUUAACCUUGCUCAGGGACUUCCCUGGUGGUGUAGUGGUUAAGAAUCUGCCUGCCAACGCAGGGGACACAGGUUCGAGCCCUGGUCUGGGAAGAUCCCACAUGCCGCAGAGCAAUUAAACCCGUGCGCCACAACUACUGAGCCUGUGCCGUAGAGCCCGCGAGCCACAGCUGCUGAGCCCGUGUGCCACAACUACUGAAGCCCACGCACCUAGAGCCCGUGCUGUGCAACAAGAGAAGCCACCACAGUGAGAAGGCCGCGCACCACGACAAAGAGCAGCCCCCGCUCUUGGCAACUAGAGAAAGCCCGCGCGCAGUAACAAAGACCCCAUGCAGCCAAAAAUAAGUAAAAUUAAAUAAAAUUAAAAAAAAAAAAAAAAGAUUAACCUUGCUCAGACAAGUAGGUUUCAUCCUUUUUUUUCCCGACCUAGUCUAAUUUUUGGAAGUACAGUAAAUUUUAAUUUGCUCUCAUGAAGUUUUAAAAAUGAUCAUUCAUCACAUUCAUUAUUGGUGAAAUAAAGGUUUACUGAGAAAAUUAAUAGGGCCAAUUGGCUUUUAGGAAUGAUUUUGAAAAUGUUUAUCAUGGGGUUAGUUUUCAGUGGGGUAGUUGUUCUCAGUGGGGUAGGUGAGCCUUAUUAGAAUCACGUAUGCAACGUUUCAAGAUAUAUGUUUCUGGAUGCACAAAGUCCACCCGCCUGCCCCCGCCUCCAAGACACAGUGUCUGUGUGUCUGUGUGUCUGUCUCUCUCUCACCCACGCACACACCUUUUGACAAGAUGGGGAAUGAUGUGAAGCAUGAUUAUAUGGACAAAAGCAUCCCGAGUGAUUCUCCGAUCUUAACCCUAACUCAUUCAUCCCUAAACUUUGCUGCACGCUGCAGUCAUCUGGGGAUCUUUAAAAACAGUCCUGAUGCCCAAGUCAUACCCAGUGCUGGUUAAAUCAGGACAUCUUGAAGCAGAAGCCAGGCAGUUUUUAAAGCUUCUCAGAUGAUCCCAGUGUGCAGCUGAGCUUGGGAGCCACUAUUUGGUUAGAGGGCAGGAGAAAGAGAACUGCUUCUGAUAAUUAGUGGGACCUUAGGUAAGUCAGUUUUAAACCUUGGUUCCCUUAUCUGUAAAAUGGGUUGUUUAAUUAAAUGUCAUCUACGGUUCAGUGGUCCUUUCCAUCAUAAAACUUCUAAUGCUGUGAUUUUAAAAUCAAUUUGAAGAUGAAACUUUGAAGCACUAUAGAAGUAUCCAUCUUUGAUGCUAACGGUGUUACAGGCCUUUAUACAAGUGCUAAGAUUCUAUAGACCUAUUAUAAAAUUCAGAUUUGCCUUCCCUCAAUUAUUUUGAGUUUCAUUUUAGACACUGAGAACAAAGGGGAGCAUAUAACUUAACCAGAGAACCCCUUUGUUGCCUAAUAUACAACAGCUGUGAAUAACUUAGGACUAUAGUAACUUAAAAAAGACUACCUAAGGACUUGUAUCUAUCUGUUCGUUAAUACUUUAUUUAAAAUAAUUUGGAAAUACCUGUCAUUAAUAGUAUACUGUGUAGUAUUAUGCUGUAUUAUUAGCACUGCUUAUUUCAGGAUAGCUAGACCUAGCAUCAGUUUUGUGGCUAUAAAAUUUUGCUAUUAAAUUUUCUAAUAAUUAUGUAAAAGUGAUUUUAAAUCAUUUUGGUAUAGAGCACUUUUAUUAUUUACUUUUAGGGAAAUAAUGGAAAACGGAUGGGUAGGUGGAUAGCGAACUAAAUCAACUGAAAUGCAGGGGCUAACAAAAAAACCACACACACACACACGCCCCCCACACACAAACUACUAUAUGGCUUAAAUUUAAGCAUGUGUAUAGAUAGAUAUAACUUGUACAGGACAGAAGGUUUUGUGGGUAGAAGGACAAAUGACAGGGGAAAUAUGUAAUAAUUUAUAUAUUAUAAUAAUCAACCAAAACAUGCCUUCUAACAGCAUAUCUAGCAUUUUGGGUCUCCUAAUUUUGCUAAAAGCUGAAGAACCUAAAACAAGGGGGAAAGCACCCAUGUGGUACUGUUCUGAAUUCGAGGAUUUCGGGGCCACUGGGCCUCUGGAAGGUCUUCCCUCCUUGCUAACCCCUUUUUAAAACUGUCUUCAGGCCUGAUAUGAUAAAAAUCAGUUAUUACAAUGUAUUUUUUUUCCUCCACAGUAUGACCUUAGCAAUAUAUUACCACAUAAAGAACAGAGAUGCAGAUAGAUCCUUGGAUAUUUUUGAUGAGAGAUUACAUCCACUCACACGAGAAAAGAUGCCAGAGGAAUACUUCGAGCAUGAUCCUGAACACAAAUUCAUUUACAGAUUUGUUCAUACUCUUUGUAGUGCCGCACAGCUAACUGCUGAAAGUGCAGUAGUAACUUUGGUUUACUUAGAAAGGCUUUUAACUUAUGCUGAGAUCGACAUUUGCCCCACUAACUGGAAAAGAAUUGUUUUGGGAGCCAUUCUUCUUGCCUCCAAGUUUUGGGACGAUCAGGCUGUAUGGAAUGUGGACGACUGCCAGAUCCUCAAGGACAUUACAGUUGAGGACAUGAAUGAGAUGGAAAGGCACUGCCUGGAGCUACUUCAUUUUAAUAUUAAUGUUCCUUUCAGUGUGUAUGCCAAAUACUACUUUGACCUUCGCUCCUUAGCAGAUGACAACAACCUGAAUGUUCUAUUCACUCCUCUUAGCAAAGAAAGAGCACAGAACUUAAAGGCCAUUUCCAGAUUGUGUGACGACGAAUACAAAGACGUGUGUAGAGCUGCUAUGAGAAGGUCUUUCAGCGCUGAUAAUUUCAUUGGUAUUCGGCACUCCAAUGCCAUCCUCUCUUAAGGGAGAAGUGAGGGGUUGUAACAUCAUAAACCCCUCGAAACAAGGACUGGAGAAAUAGCACCUCUCCUGCUCAGAAACCAGCAAAGUUAGUAUUUUCACCUUAAAGAAAGACAUUGAAUUCAAGAGACUCAUGGACAAGCGAAGAUUAUGCUCAUAGGAAAGAACGGGACCUCGUCAAUGUAACACGCUCUUCUGUCCUUUUUAUUGUAAACAGAGUUACAAAAACCACUCCAAAGCUAAAAGCUCCCAAUCCAUGCACAGAUAUCUGCUCCCAAUCGACACACAGAUAUCUGAUAGCUGAGAACUAUGUGAGGUUUUUUAAUUAAUAGCUUAAAUUUUUAGACUUUAAAGACUUUAGACUUUAACUAUAUAAAGACUUUUAACUAUUUAAA